UAUGGAUGGUAAAAAUCUACAAUUCGUUUUAAUCAAUCAAAUAUAAUCCAUGCAGAAAAAUAUGAUUGGUUGAGACAAACAUAGUAACUGCAGUGGCUAUAGAUGUAGUCACUGGUAACUGUGCAUCUGUCAAACGGCGGGCUUUGGCAAGGUUAGUUAACCGAAACAAAAUUGUUCAUCGCGUAAAUGUUUUCCACUUAAGAAAAUUUUGCAUCUUAUACCAACAUGUCACAUAAUACCGUGAAAUCUAUGGGACACGGAUUUUGCGAUGCCAUUUUCUCAAGUAUACCCAUUAAUUUCGACAAGGAAAAUACAAAUUCUCUUAACAAAACAAGAAAAACGUGCACUGAGAUGUUUAACACACCUCGGAAAGGAAUCCGAAAUGAAGAUGAAGACAAAUGCUUAAAACACGAGAAACGUAAAAUGUUGUUUGACAGUGUCUUGGUUGAGAAUUCCAAGUUAACAGACAUACCUUUUAACUCGCAUCUUACACAUUCAAAGUCUAUAAACACACUUCAAAGGAAGCAAGUUUUAUUUCCUGAAAGUAUAUUAUCCAAUGAAAGAUAUAAGACUUCUACAAAGGUAGCAUCUGCUACUUCAUUGAAUGAUAAGACACCAACAGUACAUUUUUGUACUCCUAAGCUAUAUAAAUCACGUGCUAUUUCAAGUGCUACAAAAAUGAAUGUCUUACCUAUAAAUAAAACACCUAUAAACCGUUAUUUAAGUGAUCAUGUUUUGUCUGAAACAACACCCAAUUGCUUCAGUGUAGUGCAAGUAGAAACACCCUGUGCUAAAUCAAAUGAAAUCGGUAUAGAAGACCAAACAGUAUACGAAGGAGAAAAUAGUAACUUGAUUGUGGGAAUACGUGUUAGGCCUUUAAAUAUGAAAGAACUAAGCGAUUCAAAGAUUAUGUCAGUUCUACAAGUAAAUGGCCAAAGUAUUAGUGUCAACUGUGAAUCUAUUCAGCAUACUUUCAUGUAUGAUCACUGCUUUAUGUCAUAUGAGGAUCCAACAAUGUCUAGUCAUGCCAGUCAAGAAACUGUAUUUAAAAACAUGGUUCUACCAUUGGUACAAAAUGCUUUCGAAGGCUACAAUGUUUGCUUGUUUGCUUAUGGACAAACAGGAUCUGGUAAAAGUUAUAGCAUGAUGGGCCAAGAAUCUUCACAGACAAAGUUGACAAUGUUUGAUGAAGCAUCUGGCAUUAUUCCACGAUUUUGUCAAGAAAUAUUUACAAGAAUACCUACAAGCAUGAACACUAAAACCACUGUUGAAAUUAGUUACUUUGAAAUCUAUAAUGAAAAGAUACAUGAUCUUCUAACGAAUGUUAACAAUGGAGUAAAAAGAGCUCCUCUUAAAGUCAGAGAACAUCCUGUUUUUGGUCCGUACAUUGUUGAUUUGAGUCAGCAUUGUGUACAGAAUUAUAAAGACUUGCAGACUUGGCUCAGAGUCGGAAAUUCUCAGAGAGCUACUGCAGCAACAGGAAUGAAUGAAAAAAGUUCAAGAUCUCAUAGUAUAUUCAGUAUCAUAUUAACACAGACACAAGUAAAUAGUCAGUUGGACAAGGAACCUGUAGAUCCUAGUCGUCGUAGUAAAAUUAAUUUAGUGGACCUAGCUGGCAGUGAGAGACUGAGUCAGACUUGUGCCAGUGGUGAUAGACUGAAGGAAGGUGUAUCCAUUAACAAGUCACUGCUGACAUUAGGAAAAGUAAUUGCAUCUCUUGCUGAAAGCACGAAUAAUCGUAAACGAGGUUUUGUUCCAUAUAGAGAGUCUGUUCUGACAUGGCUGUUAAAGGAGAGCCUCGGCGGAAACUCGAGGACAGCGAUGCUUGGUACCGUGUCCCCUGCUAAUAUACACGUGGAGGAGACACUUUCGACCCUUCGAUACGCAUGUCAAGCGCGAGCAAUCAUCAAUCGUGUACGAAUCAACGAAGAUCCACACGAGAAGUUAAUUCGCGAGCUAAAAGCGGAAGUUCAACGAUUGCGCGGUGUCCGUGAAGGAUACGAAAAGCAACUGGGAAUUCAGCCGCGUAGACUUUUAGAUUCCAUUGAACCCCCUGGCAAGAAUCACGACGAGGUGAAGCAGAAACAGCAGGAAAUCGAUAAAUUGAAGGAUCAAUUGAAGAAAACCGAGGAACAACUCGCGACCACUCAAAUGACUUGGUUAAAAAGGCUACGGGAAACGGAGGAGAGGAAAAAUUCCGAAUUAAAAUACUUACGUCGCUGCGGAAUCGCCAUCGAGAUCGAUAUCCAUGAGAAAGAUAAACAGCCUUGUCUGAUUAAUCUCGCAGCCGAUCCUAUGUUGUCUGGUACGCUAUUGUAUUUGAUUCCUCCUGGAUUGGUUCGUAUCGGCAAAAAUUCGGGGCCAGAAAGUUCGUCGAAAAUUUUGGAUAUCAUGUUGGAUGGACCGCUAGUUAGGCCUCUACACUGCACAAUUGAAAAUAGUAGCGGGAAACUUACAUUGUCUUCGGAAAUGGACGGGGACACCUAUGUCAAUGGACAAAUUGUAACCGGUAAAGUGGUCCUCAAGCACGGCGACCGACUGGUUAUCGGCGGCAACCAUUACUUUAAAGUUUCAAAUCCUCAUGACGGGCAAAGUAAUAUUCAAAUUUCUGCGCAAGCCAUGGACUAUGAAUUUGCUUACCAGGAAAUUCUUAAAGUACAAGAGGAGAAGUUACGAGCCGAACUAGAGGAAAGUAAACAAAAAGCUAUAAAAGAAUUGGAGAACGCAAAACGCGAGGUUGAAAUGCAACUGGGCUCCCAGAAGUCGUCUUAUGAACGGAAAAUUGAAGUUCUUGGUUCUACAGUUGAAGAACAGAAACUUGCGUUAGAACAGAUUCAUCAGAAAAAGAAGGAAUUGGAACUGGAAAGAGAAUUGCUUGUAAACGAGGUUGAGAUAGGCAAUCGAUUAAAACAGAUACAAUCAGAAGAAAAGAAAGUUACCGUCACCCCAUACAAAUCCAACUUCUUGGAAGAAUUGGAAAAUAUCUUGAGCGAGAAAACGGCAGAUGCUGAAUUUGCUCUUAAAAUGAAAGCGAGUACUGAGGCUAUCAACGGUGGCGGUAUUACUCUGCAUGAAAUGCAAUUAUUAGUCAGAGAGGCUACCGAACGAUGCAGAGAAGUCGGUAUUAAUUAUGAAUUUGAUCAACAACAAAUGAUUUUGAAUAAAAGUCUCAAGCCAGUAAUUCGUAUACGUAACAGAGAUUCCAUGAAAGAAACGAUAUGGCAGCCAAUGCGAUUUUUAGAUUGGGUUCAUGGUUUGCGAGAUUACGAUAUAGAGGAUUCAAUUAAAGAGCUGUGCACAACGUCGAAUGAGACGUGGGAACCCUAUGAAAAUACAGAAACUUUUGAGGAUUCUUUGAAUAAUAGUCGAAUUUCUAUAAACAUGACACCAGUAAAGAAACACUUGAAUGAAAGCUUGCAACAGUUCUCUAUGGAUACAUCUGUUUUCGGAACUACAUUUGGUAAUCAAACUUUUAACAAUCACAAAGAACAGGAUACCGUAAACAGUUGCCUUAUACAAAUUGAGUUCGCUGCAAAAACUUUGCGAAAAUUGUGCGAUAACAAUGGCGAAAUUCAAUCGGUUGCGAAAUCUCUCGACGACAUACAGAAUAUCAUAGAUAAUUUGCGUAAAACAUUUGAAGAGAGAGGAUUAUGCGAACGCAUAAAUGAAAGUCUAGAUUACAUACAACGUUGUGAUGGUACUGUAAUUGAAAACUCAGGUAAUAUAAAUUUAACACUUUCGGAAAAUCCUAAUAAAGACUGUGUAAAAUCGUUUAGCUCGCCGACAAAAUCCACGUUGCAUAAUAGUAAUAGAGUCAUCGAUAAAACAAUCCAGAAAAAUGUUAGAUUCUCAGAUAAAUUAAGAAAAGAAGUGACGUAG